AUGCUAUUUUUCAUGAUUCUUUUCGUGUACUCUGUGAUGUCGCCUAUUACGAGUUUUGUGAUGGCGUUUGCUUUCACUGCAUUUGCGGUGGUCUACAAGAUCCAGUAUGCGUCCGUCUAUGACCCUUCCCAUGAUACUGGUGGUCAACUAUGGGCGAGAGCCAUCCGGUUCAUAAUAGCCUGUGUGGUGAUAGCUGAGUUUACAGUGAUGACGGUGAUGGCUAUCAAGGAGGGUGCUGUGGUGUCACCACUGAUGCUUCCACUAUUCAUUGGGACGAUCCUGUUUUGGAUGUAUCUCGAGCAGCGUCACUUCUCAGCAGCUUCGUUCCUCUCCGUCAAGACCUGCGCCCUGAUCGAUCAGGAGCGUCUUAAUAAAGGCUUCAACGCUGAAGUUUGGGAAGGGGCGUACAACCCUAUUGCCAUGCGCCAUAGAUUCGCCGAGCCUGAGGUUCCUCUUGGGCUUCGGGAGCUUCCACCAUGUGCCGACGAUGGUGCUGAUUCUGACGAUACUUCGAGAGGCGAACCAGUAGCUGGAAAGACCGGGAGCUCUACUGAGCCGACUACGGCCGCUCUGAAUGCUGGUGCUUGA